AAGUGUGUAUGUCAUGCUGGAAGUUUGAAGAUCUCUGUAACUGGAUUCGAGUUACUGGAUUCAUUCAAACAUUUUAUAAAAGUGAAAGCGGUCAAUAUCCAUAUGUCUCCGGCCUCUGGAAUGUUGCUCGACGAGACACCUCUGUUUGAUCCUUCUCUGCUUCAAGAGCUGGACUGGAGCAGCAACACUGUCUCCUUCUCACCUGCUAUUUCUCCCUCUCAGCCUGGAGAAGGUCUGGUCCUCCGUCCUCUCUGUACUGCUGACCUAGACAGAGGCUUCUAUAAGGUCUUAGCGCAGCUCACAGUGGCUGGGGAUGUCACAGAAGAACAGUUCAAAGGUACUGCAUGUUCCUAA